UCCUCACCCCCCACCUCACAGGGCAGUGAGACACUUGGAUGUGUCAACUUUCUCCUCUUUUCUUUCACACACACACUGGCUGAACAUGACGGCAACAUCAUCUUAGUACUGGUUGUGUUAAAGGCUGGCGAUGUUUUCUUUUAUUUAAAACCUAUUUCUAAUCUACAGUUCUAUACCGUGCUCGCUUUCUCUUUUGGUGUGUGUGUGUGUGUGUGUGUGAAAGAGAGAGAGAGGGAGAGCGCGCGCGCUGCUAGCGUGUCCUGCUAGCUAACAGCGCUUCGGCUAGCUUAUCAUCUGCCGGUUAAACUCCCAGCGACUCCAGGGAUGAUUCAGAAGACCUUCGGCUAAUGAAGCAUCUCGAAGGUUCUAUUCUAUUUCGCGACAUCUGGACUUUGUGGACGCUACGAAAGGAAAAUGAAGAAGCAGUUUAAUCGGAUGAAACAACUCGCCAACCAGACAGUUGGCAGAGCUGAAAAAACCGAAGUCCUAAGCGAUGACCUUUUACAGAUCGAACGUCGCAUGGAGCUGGUGCGGGCUGUUUCCCACAACACACACAAGAGACUGGUUACAUGUCUGCAGGGGCAGAAAAAGCUUGCACUGACCGCGCUGUCACAAGCCAUGCAAGAUGGUGGGAACCAACUAGGAGAGGAGUCUGUCAUUGGGAAAAUGAUGGAGGUAUGUGGCGAGGCAGAGAACAGACUAGCGUCAGAACUGAUGCAGCAUGAGCUUCAGAUUGAGAAGGAUAUUUUAGACCCACUAAAUCAGUUAGCUGAGGUGGAGAUCCCAAACAUACUCAAACAGAGAAGACAACUUGCCAAGCUGGUGCUAGACUAUGAUUCUGCUCGAACGAGGUGGUUGCAGGCGACCAAAUCCAUAAUCUCGGGAACAAACACACAAGCACUGACAGCCAAGGCAGACUCGCUUAAAGAAGAGAUGGACGAAGCAAUGAACAAAAUGGAGCUCUGCAAAGAUCAACUAUCUGCCGACCUAUACAAUUUUUUUUCAAAAGAGGGGGAUUAUGCAUGCUACUAUGUAACGUUAUUAGAAGCUCAAGCGGAUUACCACCGAAAAUCUCUGUCUGUGCUGGAAAGUGUGCUGCCGACCAUGCAAUCACAUCAAGACUCGUGGACAGAGAAACCAGCAUUUGGAACAGGCUUGGAUGAGCACCUGAAACGAAGCAGCAGAGAGAUAGCGCUGCCCAUAGAAGCUUGUGUGAUGAUGCUGUUGGAAACGGGCAUGAAGGAAGAGGGUCUUUUCCGAAUAACUGCAGGAGCCUCUAAACUGAAAAAGCUUAAGGCAGCGCUGGACUGCUCCACCUCUCAGCUAGAGGAGUUCUACUCUGACCCGCAUGCAGUUGCUGGGGCUCUCAAGUCCUACCUAAGGGAACUUCCAGAGCCUCUUAUGACUUAUGAACUCUAUGAUGAGUGGAUUCAGGCAUCCAAUAUUUCCGACCCAGACAAAAGGUUGCAAGCUUUGUGGGUGACCUGUGAUCAGUUACCAAAUAACAACAAAGCCAACUUUAGGUAUCUGGUGAAGUUCCUUGCUAAGCUUGCUCAAGAUAGUGAAAUUAACAAGAUGACCCCCAGCAACAUUGCAAUUGUUUUGGGACCAAAUUUAUUAUGGCCAAAAACAGAGGGGAGCCUAGCAGAGAUGGCAGCUGCUACCUCAGUUCAUGUUGUUACUAUUAUUGAGCCCAUCAUUCAGCAUGCUGACUGGUUUUUCCCUGAAGAUGUGGAGUUCAAUGUAUCAGGCAUGUUUUCAAUGCCUGCUCCCAUGACAAACCAUGUGAACCAUCUGACCAUACCGGAAUAUGACUCGAGCACAAUAGAGAAGAAGAGACCUAACAGUAUGGUGGGACCUGAUGGUGACAUGACCAGACGAGACGGCUCUGCUAACAAAUUAACGGAGCACAAUCCCCGUAGAGGCAACACACUAACUAGAAAGCAGCAUGCUUCCCCUGCUUUCCAGCCUCCUCUGCCCCCGGUGGAGGCUGUCAGUAAUGCAGGAAGCCAGCCUGUAGCUGAGCUCCUGCUUCAGCAGCCUGCACCAGAGGGCUUGGUUAUUGAGGCCUGCCAGCCUAGCUUAGCACUGGGGAUGGCAGCCCUAGCAGCAGCACAGCAGCUUCUAGCACAGCAAACUGAGGAGAUCAGUUUAAAGAUGAGUGACGCAGCAUUCACACCACCAAGAAAUGGCUGCGGAGGUUCACAGCUGGCUGUAGCAUCUCCAGCUACAGGAUCAUCAGGACACAGCCCUCUCAUGGCACGCAGAGCUUUAAAAAAGCCAGCUCCCGCUCCUCCUAAACCAGCCAAUCCACCUUCAGGUCAGCUGGGCAGUCAGUCGUCUCCACAGCCUUCAUGUGGGACUCCUCAAUCUCUCUCUCCAUCUCCAAGACCUCUCUCCACUCACUCUCCCCCCAAUCAGUUUGUAAUGCAGUCUGGCACCUUACCUCGGCGACAUUCAAGCAACCAGCCUCCUCUCCAGGCCCCCAACCAUCCACCCCCGGAGCCCCCCAGCCAGGUCACUCCUCUUCCUCCUCCCAGCCCCGGAGCCCCCCAGCCAGGUCACUCCUCCUCCUCCCCCUCCUCCCAGCCCACAGCCGUCGGAGAUCUGGGAGAGGAGCCAUCUCCACCCAGUAGUCCCAGUCCCCCCAAAACUCCUCCACCUUCUGUGGUCCAAUAUGAAAAUGCAGGCACAAACGUUCCCUUCCCAUUUCAGUCUGGCUCUUUGCCUCGGCCUCGACCAGUCCCUAAACCACGCAACAGACCAACAGUUCCGCCGCCACCACAGCCUCAAAGUGUAGCCAGCGACACCAGUGACCCCAAUGACAUCUGGAGUGCAGCCUACAAAAUGAUGGAUCCAGGGAUGCAGUUCAAAGGUCUGGGUCGAGUCCUUGUUCCUGACAUUGUCCCAGACCAGCAGCCUGUCACUCAGCUAAAGGACUCAGACUUGGACACAGAGAGUACCGUCCUGUGAGUUUUGAGGAUACGGAUGCCAUAAACCUGCUACCUGUUUCUCACAGCCCAUGGACUCUAUGAAAUGCUGCUGCUUCUUCUCUUUCACCAAGUGAUCAUCAGCUUGGUUGCAUUUCACCAAAGAUUUGGACCAUCAGUAGCACCUACAGUAGAGGAAUAGCGGCAUGGAGAUAUUGCAUGGCACCAAACAGGUUUAAAUCUACCACUCUAAAAUUUCAUUUUAUUGUAAGGAAUGUGAAAUAGGUUGAGGUACUAGUUGGUGUUUCUUAAGUGGCCUUAGUUUAAAAAAAAAAAAAAAAAAAAAAAAAAGGAAAGAGAAUAAACUAUAUUAAGCUUGGCAUAAAAUUAAACCAUAUACUGUGGCUUUAGAGUGGACCUUGUGACUGCAGGUUUCCAGUCAGCUAAUAUACUUCACUUCUAAUUUUAUGUAUGGGAACUGUUUUAAAUCAGUUUCCAUCAACACAUUCCCUAAGGCUUUUGUCAGUCUCAAUCAAUCUGUUUUUAUUUGAAAGUCUUAGUAUAUGUCUCAUGUUUAGCUGAAUUUCUUGCAAUUUAAUUCAAUAUAUUCUAUUACCUACAGUAUAAAAAUGUACAUGUCACAGGGUUAUUAUUCUGUCUUCAACUGUUAAUGUUUUCCUAAACCUAGGGCAUUAAUGUGAAUCAGUCCCUCAUUAUUAAUUUGACAGCAUUAUGUCUAUGUCUAAGAAUCUUUUUUUUCUGUGUCAGAAAAUAUUGAAUGAAACAUUUAACUGGCAAUGUGUUAGUUUCACUAUUUGGUAAACUGACAGAUGGAUAGCAAACUGACAAAUGACAAGCCCCUGUCUGUAGCUUGUUGGACGAGAACACUGUGUGUGCUAUAUGAAUGUUUACUGAAUGUGUUUCAAAAACAAAAAUGACACUAAAUAUGGAGUGAUAGCAAGUGACAUACGUAAUUGUUGCACUCUCAAAAUUUAAUAUACUGUACACACGAGAGGAUCUUUAUAGUGUGUUUGGUCACAGGCCUUGCCCUUACAUGAUGCCUUACCCAUUAUACUCACUCACUCAUCUUCUAUACCGCUUUAUCCUGUAUUCAGGGUAGUGGGAACCUGGAGCCUAUCCCAGGAGGCUUGGGGCACAAGGCAGGGUACACCCUGGACAGGGUUCCAAUCCAUCGCAGGGCACACACACACACAUACUCACACACUACGGGCAAUUUGGAAAUGCCAAUUAUAGCCUAACCUGCAUAUCUUUGGACUGUGGGAGGAAACCGGAGUAUCCAGAGGAAACCCACCAAGCACGGGGAGAACAUGCAAACUCCAUGCACACAGAGACGGGAAUCGAGCCUGGCCGGGAGUCGAACCCGAACCCUGGAGAUGCAAGGCGACAGUGCUAACCACUACACCACCGUGCCGCCCCUUACCCAUUAUAACCUUUGGAAAAUAAUCAAAGGGAUACAGUGUGUCUUGAAAAUUUUUAAUAUUGUAAAAAAAAAUAAUAAUAAAUUCCCCUCUUAAUUUAGAAAGUGAUACUUUAGUAUAUUAUAGAUUUAUUACAGGUCACAUAAAAUAUUUCAUGCACAUCACACCUUUUUAUUUGAAUUUUAACAAUUGUGGCUUAUAGCUCAUGAAAUUUAAAAAUCCAGUUUAGAAUAUUUCUUAUUACCAGUAUUACCUAUCUUCUUGACAAUUUCCCAGAGCUUCUCUGCAUGGUUUUGGACAGAUGAUUUGGUUGGCCAAUUAACCAUAUUAGUAUCAUGGUCAGCAAGCCAUGGAUCAUUGUAGUUUUGGCACUGUGGGCAGGUACUAAGUUCUGGUGGAAAAGGAAAUCAGCAUCUCCGCUAAGCUUGAUGGUGGACAAGUGCUUUAAAAUCUUCUCGUAGAUGGCUCAUUUACUUAAACUCUACUAUUCCAAUAUUUUGAUAAACUAACAUUUUGAUUUUCUUGAGCUGUAAGCCAUAAUCUUCGAAAUUUAAACAAAAAAGGCUUAAAAUAUUUCAUCUAAUGAAAUCAUACUUUAAAUUUAAAAAAGUUACUUUUUCAUGAUGUGUUUUUUUUUUUUUUUACUUCAAGAUACACUGUAUAUGUGAUGGUGUACUGUACAAAUAAGACACUAUUGAAAUGACAACUUUAGGGGGGGAACAAACAACAUGCUUGCUAUUACUGCUUUAAGAUUCAUUAAUAAAGCACAAUACCAACUUCUUUUAUGUUUCUGUGACUGCAGGCUUUUAUAAUGCUUCAGUGAUUGCUUUCUUCAUAAAAUAUUCCUUGUUGUAUUUUCUGGGUCGUUUGUUCUUUAUCCAUCUCUCUGCCAAUAGAUUUGAUGACUGGUUAGCUGCACAAUUUCUAAUAACACAAAAACGUUUCUCAGGUUUCAAGAGAAAUCUAACGAACGAGAACUGUAAAGAGAACGCUGUAAAUGAUAACAGAUGUACUGUACCUGUGUGUAUGAGGCUGAUGACAGGUUUCAUGUAGUUCUUAACUACGUGAAAGUAGU